AUAUUUAUAGCCACAUCGAACAUUCAAAAUUCUCUCUUGGCAAUGUGGUAUUAUUAUCAUUCAAUUCCCCACCAGCGCGACAUGAAGAAACUUGAGUAAACCCUACUCUCUGGAAGAAAGCUCAGCUUGAAGUACCCCGCAUUAGAGGGGAAAGGGAUGCGAAUUUAUUUUCAUAUGGAUAUCUUGAUUCCGCAGAUUUGCUAGGUUUGCUUUUCCCUUCUGUUGCUCUUCGACAUGGCCUCCUUCGCGAGACAGGUAGAGUUUUAAACGAGUAGCUAAAUAACUUAUUCGCCUCCUUCGACGACGUUCCUUCCUGUCGGAUCCAAAAUCACACCUCGCCGUUCGUUUGUUCGAUCGGAAGUAAAGACGACGACGGGAGCUUGCUCGUUGCGAAGAAUUUACAAAAUGAGAACGGAGGCAAACCCUAACUAUCUUGAGCAUUUAUCAACUGAGGCUGUUGAGAUGAUCCAAGAUGAGUGCAAAUUGAAUGGAAACGGAAGCAAUGCGCUUAUUUUACCUGGGAAGAAAAGGAACAAAACAAAAGGCAAGGACAAGAUUUUUAGGAGGAAUAAGGCUAUGGCUUCCCCAGCUAUUAGUAAAAGCAAGAAGAGAAAGUUUCAAAAGUUGCAGGAGGAGAAAGAGAAGAAGUUCAUGCUAUCUAAAAGCAUAAGGGUGCUGCAGAAGUAUAAAAUAAGGGAUGAAGCAUACUCAAUUCUGCAGUCAUCAGGCACUAUUGGUCAGGAAAAAACUCAGCGUGAAAAAUGCAGACUUGCUGUACAUUUCGCAAAAGCAGGUCUUGAGGUCCCCGAAAAUGUGGCACUUUUCAAGAAGAAGGAAAAGAAAACUUAUGAAAAUGUAGUAAAUAGACCUGAUCAAGGCAAACUUACAGUUUACAGUGACAAAGAGUUGAGUUUGAUGAAACUGGUGGAAAAGGAUGAUUGCGUUGGUUUAACUCUUAAGAAAUUGGUUGAGAAAGAAAAUUAUGAUGGUUCAUCUCUUGUGAAAUCCUUAGAGAAAGAUAUGAACAAAGUUUUAGCUCUUGCUAGGCCUAUGAUGACUACUUAUGGUUCCCAACAAAAUUCUCUAGAACCCCAUUCGGAGUUCACUAUUAAGAAUUCAAUGAGUGUGAAUGCUGAAUCAGAUAUGUUGUUCUCAUCCCUUAAUUGUGCAACAAAGGUUAGCGUUAGCGUUGCGCAUGAAGUUAUGAAGAGCUCCAUACCAACAUCAUUUACAACUGACAAUCAAAGUGAUGCAAGUCUUCGGAGUGCAGAUAGGUCUAAUAUAUGUGUUGGAAAACUUGAAGCCCCUAAGCUUUGUGGCACCAGUGACCAUGUAAAUUCAGCCGUUGUGGUGCAUGUAUCAAGACCACUUGAAGUUCAAGAGAAAAGGAGACAUCUUCCAAUCAUUAUGAUGGAACAGGAGAUAAUGGAAGCAAUAAAUGAGCACCCUAUUCUAAUUUUAUGUGGAGAAACAGGUUGUGGUAAAACCACGCAGGUUCCUCAGUUUUUAUAUGAAGCUGGCUAUGGUUCAAGCAACCAAAGUGGCAGAAAGGGAAUUAUUGGUAUUACCCAGCCACGCCGUGUUGCCGUUCUUGCUACAGCAAAGAGAGUUUCCUACGAACUAGGUCUCCAGCUCGGGAAGGGGGUUGGUUUCCAAGUUAGGCAUGACAAAAUGAUUGGAAAUGGUUGCUCAAUCAAGUUCAUGACUGAUGGCAUUUUACUUCGGGAAGCUCAGAGUGAUUUUCUAUUGAAGCGUUAUUCUGUCAUCAUUCUGGAUGAGGCUCAUGAGAGGAGCUUGAACACGGAUAUCCUCAUCGGUAUGCUGUCUCGGAUCAUCAAAAUACGUCAGGAGUUAUAUGAGGAACAGCAGAAAAAGGUACUUUCAGGUGCUAAGAUCAGCCCUGAGAAAUUGGUUAAUAGACUAAAGCUUGUACUGAUGAGUGCUACCCUCCGUGUCGAGGAUUUUGUUUCCAAUAAGAGAUUGUUUCAUGAAGCACCACCUGUUUUGGAAGUUCCAGUUAGGCAAUUUCCAGUCACCGUCCACUUCUCAAGGAACACACCAGAGGACUAUUUAUCACAGGCUUAUAAAAAGGUUUUGUCUAUCCAUAAGAGGCUCCCGUCUGGUGGCAUUCUUGUGUUCGUCACUGGACAGAGGGAAGUGGAGUACUUGUGCAAGAAGUUGAGGAAAGCUUCACAAAAAUUUUCUGAAAAUAAUGCUAAAAAGAAGAUUGAUAAUGAGAGAUCUGCAGGCUUUGAAGUGGAUAUGAAAGAUAUUGAUGAGGCAUUUGGGAUGGAAGAUAGUUUUCCUGAACAGCAAACUGAUAAGCUUUGGUCCUACGAGGAGGAUGAUGACCUGGAAGAGAUUGAUAAGCUUUUGUCAGAAUCGGAGACGGACAGUGAAUCAGUUGAGGACAGCGAAAAUGAAAGUUUUGUCAAGAGUCAGGAACAGGAUGGGAAUGGUUCAGUGCUAGAUUUUCUAAAAAAUCCUGAGAAUCUUUCUUCAUUAAAAGCUUCGUUUGAGGCUCUUGCUGGAAAUAUUCCAAAUCCAUGCUCCGAAGAAAAGCUACAUCUUCAUUCUACUUUGCAGACAAAAGUAUCUUCUGCAGAUCCUGCUACUGCUAUUGGGCCAUUGUACGUUUUACCCCUUUACGCAAUGCUCCCUGCUUCUGCACAGCUUCGUAUAUUUGAAAAGGUUCCUGUGGGUGAACGAAUAAUAGUUGUUGCUACCAAUGUAGCUGAGACUUCGUUGACAAUACCAGGCAUAAAAUAUGUGGUUGAUACGGGGAAGGAGAAGGUUAAGAACUAUAAUUAUGGGAAUGGGAUGGCAAGUUUUGAAAUUCGGUGGAUAAGUAAAGCAUCAGCUGCUCAGCGAGCUGGAAGAGCUGGGAGAAUUGGACCCGGCCAUUGUUACCGUCUAUAUUCAGCUGCAGCCUUCAGCAAAGAUGAUAUAUUUGCUGAAUUCUCCUGCCCCGAGAUUUCAAAGAUUCCGGUUGAUGGCGUCGUGCUUCUAAUGAAGUUCAUGGGAAUUGAAAAGGUUGAAAACUUUCCCUUCCCUACUCCUCCCAAGACCUCAGCAUUGGAAGAAGCUGAGCAUUGCCUGAAGGCCAUUGAGGCUCUUGAUGAGGAUGGCAAGCUUACAUCAUUGGGAAGGUCAAUGGCCCAAUACCCCAUGAGCCCACGCCAUUCCCGAAUGAUUCUCACCGUGAUCAACAUUUUAAGAAAGCAGCCUGGCUUUGCCCGUGCAAAUUUUGUGCUGGGAUAUGCAGCUGCUGCUGCUGCAGCUCUAAGCUUUCCAAAUCCCUUCCUUAUGCAGCUUGAAGGAACCCAAGGAACAUUAAAAACUGAUAUUGAUCCAAAACUUGAGGACAAUGGUGAUGCCAGCGCUCAUGACCAUGAAGAAAAACUGAGUCGGAAGAAGUUAAAAGCAAUGGCAAAAGCGUCUCGUACAAAAUUUUGCAAUCCAAACAGUGAUGCCUUAACUAUCGCUUAUGCACUGCAGCUAUUUGAGCUUGCAGAAAACCCAUUUGAGUUCUGUAGGACCAACUCUCUUCACUUUAAGACCAUGGAAGAGAUGUCCAAGCUUAGGAAACAAAUACUUCAGCUGAUAUUUCAUCAGCAAAAACCAUGCCACGAAAUAUCAUGGAAUCAAGGUGGCUUCAAGGAUGUUGAAUGUGCCUGGCUUGUCCAUUCCACUAAACACCCCUUAGAGAUGAAUGAAGAAGAGCUUCUUUCUCAAGCUAUCUGUGCAGGAUGGGCUGAUCGAGUUGCAAAGAGAAUAAGGACCAUUUCAGAUUCUAUGGAGAAGGAACACAAAGUCCAUACAAUGAGGUACCAAUCAUCCGCCAUGGAUGACACGAUUUUUCUCCACCGUCGGUCUUCUGUUUCUCACACAGCUCCCGAGUAUGUUGUCUACACUGAACUUAUCCACACAAAUAGGCCAUACAUGCAUGGAGUAACUGCAGUAAAAUCAGAUUGGCUUGUGAUAUAUGCUAAUUCUACCUGCUGCUUCUCUGCUCCACUCACGGAUCCAAAGCCUUACUAUGAACCUUUAAGUGAUUGUGUCUUUUGCUGGGUAAAUCCCACCUUUGGUCGGCACAACUGGCAGCUUCCAUUACAUAACUUACCCAUCAAAGACGAAAGUUUUCGGAUCUCGGUGUUUGCUUGUUCCCUUCUUGAAGGGAAUGUACUUCCAUGCCUUAAAAGUGCUAAGAAUUUCUUGUCUGCACCUCCAUCAAGCAUACUGAGGCCUGAAGCAUUGGGACAGAGAAGGAUUAGUGAUCUCUUGAGCAGAUUAAGAAUCCGUUCUGGAAUAAUCCAUAGCCGGGCUAAGUUGAAAGAGGCAUGGGGUGAGAAUUCUAUGUUUUUGUAUCCGGAGCUUCUGAAUUGGUUUCAGGAAAAAUUUCAUUGCCAAUUUGACAAAUUAUGGGAACAAAUGCUACAAGAAGCUCAACUUGAAAGCUUUGAGCUUUUUCCAAAGAGAGCAAAGAAACAUAGGAAAAUUGUAAGACGAUAGGAAAUAUUUAGUUACUGGUUACCAAUUUUUCCUAAGUUUAUAGCACUUAUGUAAGUUUAGAAAGUUAAUUUACAUAUUAUUUUAUCAAAUGAAAGGUAAGUAACUUUAGAUCAGGUUUCAA